CCCGUGUCCGGCGCUGUCUGUCCGCCUUCGUGUUCGGCUCGGCUCGGCCCGCCCGCCCGUGUCCGGCGCUGUCUGUUCGCCUUCGUGUUCCCCUCGGCUCGGCUCGGCCCGCCCGCCCGUGUCCGGCGCUGUCUGUUCGCCUUCGUGUUCCCCUCGGCUCGGCCCGCCCGCCCCUGUGUCCGGCGCUGUCUGUUCGCCUUCGUGUUCCCCUCGGGCUCGGCUCGGCUCGGCCUGCCCGCCCCUGUGUCCGGCGCUGUCUGUCCGCCUUUGUGUUCCCCUCGGCUCGGCUCGGCCCGCCCGCCCCUGUGUCCGGCGCUGUCUGUUCGCCUUCGUGUUCCCCUCGGGCUCGGCUCGGUCGGUCCUGGGUCUCAGGCUUGGGGCUGUCCAGGGUCUUGCCUGUCCGUCUGUCCCUGUGUCAGGCUCUCCCCGACCAGGCUCUGGUCGGUCUGUCUGUCUGUCCUGGUUCUCAGGCUGUCCGUGUGUCUUGGGUGCUGGUCGGUGCAGGGCUGAUCGGUGCCUGGGCCCGCCGAGGCUGGGAGAGGAGGCAGCAUGUCUGUGGCUGGGCUGAAGAAACAGUUCUACAAAGCGAGCCAGCUGGUCAGCGAGAAGGUCGGUGGAGCUGAAGGGACCAAGCUCGAUGAUGACUUCAAAGAAAUGGAAAAGAAAGUGGACGUUACCAGCAAGGCAGUCACAGAAGUAUUAACCAGAACUACAGAAUACCUGCAACCCAACCCAGCCUCCAGAGCCAAGCUAACGAUGCUCAACACGAUGUCAAAGAUCCGCGGGCAGGUGAAAAACCCUGGCUAUCCACAGUCAGAAGGGCUCCUGGGGGAGAGCAUGAUCCGGUAUGGGAAGGAGUUGGGCGAUGAAUCCAAUUUCGGUGACGCGCUUCUUGAUGCUGGUGAAGCUAUGAAACGAUUGGCUGAAGUGAAAGACUCGCUGGAUAUUGAAGUCAAACAGAACUUUAUCGAUCCUCUCCAAAACCUGUGCGACAAAGACCUGAAAGAGAUCCAGCACCAUCUUAAGAAGCUGGAGGGCAGGCGCCUGGACUUUGACUACAAGAAAAAACGUCAGGGAAAGAUCCCGGACGAGGAGCUCCGCCAGGCCCUGGAGAAAUUUCAAGAGUCCAAGGAAAUAGCUGAGACUAGUAUGCACAACCUCCUGGAGACUGACAUUGAGCAAGUGAGCCAACUCUCAGCCCUGGUGGAUGCCCAGGUAGAUUACCACAGACAAGCAGUGCAGAUCCUGGAUGACCUCGCAGAGAAACUCAAACGCAGAAUGAAGGACGCCUCUUCACGCCCCAAGCGGGAGUACAAACCUAAGCCCAGAGAGACGUAUGACUUUGGAGAUGCCGACCAGUCCAACGGAGGCUUUUCUUGCAACCCCACCCCCAAAGUCUCAGCAGCUUCCUCCUCUUUUCGAUCCGACAAGCCAUCCCGGACCCCCAGCAGGAGUAUUUCUCACCUGGACCAGCCCUGCUGCAAGGCGCUCUAUGACUUUGAACCCGAAAACGACGGCGAGCUGGGCUUUAGAGAGGGUGACAUCAUCACGCUGACCAAUCAGAUUGACGAAAACUGGUACGAGGGCAUGAUCAACGGCCAGUCUGGCUUCUUCCCACUCAACUACGUGGAAGUGCUGGUCCCGCUACCGCAGUGAAACUGCAUCUUCCCCCUCCCCCCCCGGCCCUUCCCUUCCUCCUCCCCCACCGGAUACAAACUCAGGGUGGGGCAAGCCGUGCUCUUCUGCAUUCCAUUUUGUAACUCAACACUAGGCUUCUUCUGUGGGGCAGGGCGGAGAGAACGUGAUGGCGUUCACUCUGCACGUCUGCUGGGUUGGUGUAAGGGUGGCAGCAGGGAACAAGCCGCAAGGGCUGGGCAGCCCCAUUCAAGUUUUCCCUUCUGGGCUUUGAACUAGGUACUUUCAGCCCCACCAGGCUCCUCCCACUUUGUACAAUAAGCCAAGUCGAGCAUCUUCUGGUUUGUCAUGUGUCUUUUUUGGGGAAAGCACGCAAAGCGGGUCAGCCAUGCUGGAGAUCCUGGGAACGUGGGUGCACCUAGGGAGCAGAGUGCAUGUGUCCUACCUGCGGGCAAGCUCAAGGGAGCACAUGCAGGGCCAAGCACGGGGCAAGUCCAGUGACAACCACCUGUGUGUGUUGGGAGGGGGAGAGAAACAAGACCCACAGCCUGUUCUAGGAGGGGCUCUAGACAUUAAACUGUGCAAGGAAAAUACCUCCAGAGCUUAGCUUAGGUGGAUUGGCUUCUACUGAACCCGACCAGCAACCGUGCUCUCCUUGUAGGAUAAGGGCGAAGCGGUGAGGGUGAAGGUCAGACGCUGACCCGUCCUUCCUGUUUGUCCACAGUUCAGACCUAUUCUAACACUGACGCUGGGGGCCAGGGGGACCGUGAUGGAUCAAAGUUCUCUCUGCUGCUGUGGGAGGCAGAAGCAUGGCUGCUUCCUGUCCUGCUGCCUUGAUGGGCCUCUCCCACUCACCCAUUCUGCUCCUGUGUAAGGACAGGGCUUAGCUGGGGGAUUGUAUUUCAGGGUAACACUACAAAACAGCUUGAAAACACUAAAUAGCCCCCUUGUUGUCACCCCUAGCUUCCACCUCCUGCUUUCUGUGCACUCAGCUUUGUGCUGGAUUGUUUGCCGCCUCCUGUCCUCCAGGGCCGGUGUCAGCCCAUAGUGUCUCUGGCCUCUGCUCUGUUUCAUGGCCACAGAUCUUGAGCCUCCUCCACCUGCUGCAACCGCUCCCUCUGCCCACAGAAGAGUGGUUUGAACUGGGAGAGAUCAAUUGGUUCUGCUGCUUCCCCUUGGAAGAGGCUGGUUUGGCCAGGGGGUAGUGUACCUGCAGCUCUUGUAUGGCGUUGGACAUGGGAUAAUGCCAUAGUCAAAUUACGGCUAAGGCGCUAUUGCCUAUAGAUGAGAGAGAUCAUGGGAAGGCAGCUACUUAGCCCAUAAUGCAUUAUCUCCGCUCCUGCUCCAUGUUCAAGUGUUUUUUCCCAUCCCAUGAAAGGCUGAGUCCAAGGUGAAACUGCUUGGCUUGAUCUCGUCUAAUCCUUAUGUGCCUUCCCCAGCUCCCUUCACCUUGGCUCUUUGGAACCUUAGGAGCUGCUUGUCUUGGUGUGAUGGGAGAAGGCCUUGCUGUGUUCAUAGACCUUCUAACUCAGGUCCUGUUGUUUCCUUACCCAGAAAGGAGGUCCAGUGGGAAGCUGUGGGCAUGCCUCUUUUCAUGCCUUUUAUUAGGACAGGUCCUUGCAAUACUUCUUUCCUGCCUGAUGCCCUGCAGCUCUGUUCCAGCAGGGAUGAUACUCCAUUCCCUGAGCAGUGUUGUGGUGGCGAGAAGCAGCCGCUUGGCAGGGGGACCUGGUAUUUAGGCAGAACGUGAGGUGGUAUCUACUGGGGUCUGACAUCUGUUUAGGUGGAAUCACGCGGGAACUCUCUUCUGCCCCAUAAUAUGUAAAUAUGCUUCCAUCUCAGCACCCAUCCUGUUGCUGGCAAUGGGACAAAGCGCAACCCCUGAGGGGCAUCAGUGGCUCCUGUACUUGCCCUACUUCUCCCAGCUGUGUCCAGCAUAGAUGGUUCUCUCUAGGCAGAGCUUCUCUUGGCUUUGAGCCCAUCUCACCCGUGGAGCUGCUCUGGGGUUUACUGCACUUUCUCUGAACCGCAGCACAAGAGAAAUGCUGUUUUCAAGGGCAACCCGCAGGGGGCAUCUACAGCCACAUGUUGCAGAACGUACCUCCCCUGCUUUCCUUAGCCCCACCUUUGCUGAGAGGGAGCUGAAGCAUAAGGGACUGAAGCUGGUGACGGGUGCUCCCACAGUGCCACUGGUACAGCCAGCAUGUAGCAGCCAGGGCAUGCUGUGCCCACCACAUCACCCUCAAACCAGUGCUUGGUGUCUUCCUGCCCUCAGCAAGGCCCAGCACAACACACCUGUACCACUGGCCCUUUGGUUCUUCUGACGUCAGCCCCAGCAUUGCUUCAGUAUCUGUAUUUUUUUAAUAGCAAACACAUCUCUGCCGGCAGGUGGGGGGUUUUGGCCUGUCGCUAUGUAAUCGUCUCAUGUCGCAGUGCUUUCCUCUACCUUUUUCGCUCGCCAGAUUCGGUGUCCUGUUACAUAUACACACGGAACCUUUUUUAACUUUUUUAACCAUGCAUGUUGAUAUACGUUUAUUACUCUCAUCAAUACUGUCACUGACCCAACUCCCAGCAGAGGCCAAGACUUGCAGGCGCUUUGUUCAGAGCUGGCUCAUACAGCCACCGAGGCUCCCUGUUUGUGCAGCUGGUAGCCUUCAGGGGCCCAAUCCUGCUUCCAGGAAGCCAACAGGAGUAGGGACCAGGCUCAGGCUUGAGUCUGCUGGGCAGACGCAGGUCCCCUAUCUGUUAGGGCGGACCUGCCAUAAGAGCUGGUUAGUAUUUUUUGAGGUUGUAGCUUCUAACUUUCUCCUUUCAAACCUGUGGCCUGGCUGAGUCGUGUCUUUGAUAUGGUUUAGCGAACAUUCAGUUGGAUUGAAAUAAGUCUUUUAGUUGGGACAAUUUAAUAGAACUUUUGUUAUGGUUCCUCCUGGUUUUAGGGGGGGAACACCCACAAAUCUUGACUUGUAAUCUCUCUAUAUAAAAGUAUUAAAUGUUUUCUUUCUAAA